AUAACAUUUCCCAUUUUUGUUUGUGUCGAAUAAAAAACAAAAUAAACUUUAAUCAAAACAAAAAGAGUAGAUAUUUUAAUAAAAACCCAAAUUAAAACUUAAAUGAAAUCGAAACAAAAUGAAAAUUCUAUGCGAAACACAAAUAUUUAAUCGUCAAACAAAUUCCAAUAAACCAAAAACAGCUAAAGCCACUGUAGCAAUUGGUUUUCAUCCAACAACAAAACAAGACAACAAAUCUACUCUAGAAUUAAUUCAUUUUACUCCACAAAAUCGAAACGGAGUUCGUUAUAAAAUCUCUGAUAAUAUUGAGAAUAUGUUUACAAAAUUUAUAAAUGAUGGUAAAGCAACAAUAUCAUUUAAAACUCCACCUGAAAAUUUAAUGAUUAAAUGCGAUCCAAUUCAACUGAAAUCAUUUUUGCAAACACUCAAAUUAGGACUUCAGGGGAAGUCCUCAAUGAAUUUGAAAAGCAAUUUGGCAGCUGCUACAGCUAUUCCUGUCAAAUCACAACCAAUUACAAAGAUUGUUGUGACAAAACGUGCGGAAUAUCCUUUAAAAGGAUUUCCCAGAUCACUUAAACAACUUACAGUCAAUGGAAUUGGUUUGCAUAAGGUUACUUUUGAAAUUUGUAGCCUUACAAACUUGACUACUUUGAAACUGAAUGACAAUAGUAUUUCAAAGAUUCCCAAUGAAUUUGGAAGAUUACGAUUGAUCGAAUUGGAUCUUUCAAAUAAUGCAUUGGGCGAAGAUACAAAUUUUCGCUGGUUGAUUGGGAAAGAACUUAAAAAGACUUUGUGUGAACUUGAUUUGAGUAACAAUAAGUUAGAUUACUUUCCAAUUGAGUUAAUCAAACUGGAGAAUGUUGUCACACUCAAACUUAGUCAUAAUUCCAUAAAAAAGGUUCCAUUCGGGAUCAGGGGAAUGAAAAACCUUCGAUAUUUGCAUUUGUCAACUAACAAACUAGAGUCAUUACCAUCAUCAAUUGAUGAAGUUAAACUAGAGUUGUUGGAUGUUUGGGAGAAUAACUUUCAACCGAUUUGUGAGAAGACUGUUGAAGGUCGUCUUAAUGUUACAAAUAGCCCACAAUCAUUAUGGUUGAUGGCGGCAAAUGCUGUUUCAAAUUUUCGUCUGCCAAUCAGUUCGAGGACACUUCCUUGGAUAUUAGUUGAUUUGAUUUGCGAGAGUCCCAAGUGUUUUUGUGGAAGACUAUGUUAUGGUGAGCCUGUAUGGGAGCGAGCUAUUGAAGCAACUUUGGAUAAUAUCAAACAAUUGGUGUUUAGUCGAGAUCGUUUGAUUUAUGCUGAUAUUGUGGUUUGCAGUGCGGCGUGUGCGGCGAAGAAAGCAAUAUUCUAAAAAUACUAUCUUGUUAUAUAUUUUUUUUUUAGUUAAUUUAAAUUAUUACUGAAAACUGUUAGAUUUUAUAUUCGAAAUUUUGUUUCUAAUAAAUUUGAAAAAUAUUUGUUUGUUUUGUAAGAAAAACUUUCAAGAUGUUUAA